AUGGAUGCAAAGCCCCAGAGAAUUCGCGUCCGUGGUGACGAGAAUGCCCCCUUCCCUCUCGCAGCCAACAAGACCCUUACCCAGAAAAACAAAUCCACGCCUGCCUUGUCCACCAUGUUCCAGAACGGCGCUAACAAAGGUGCGGCCAAGCGGGCUGCUUUUGGCGAUGUCAGCAACACGGCCAAACCAAUUGCCGGUCGCGAUGAUAUCUCCCUGGCGGGCAAGAAGCAGACCAAAGGGGCAGAGAAGGCGGCGUUGAUCGUCGAGAAGAAGGCCAGCCUGGCGCAGCCAGCUCAGCGGCCCAUGUCAAUGGCUGGUAUGAAAGGCCUCUUGAACAAUGUUCCCAACGCCAAACCCAUUGAACCUUCCAAGCAAAUCGCCUUGCAGCAGCAAACUGCAAAUGCUAGAAAGAUCUUAAACAAGCGGGCUACAGUAUUCAAAGACGCGUCGGAACCGUCGAACAACAAAUGCGAAAUUACAUCCAAGGAAACCAACACCGAACUCGAGGAAGGGGACAACAAGGCAUCCCUUGCACAGGCGCCCGCAGCUGCGAAGCGGACCACUACGAAGGAGGAAGCUACACACGAAGAACCGAAGCCAGUCCUGGAAGACGCCGAAGAGCAUUCCAUUGUGGACUCUGAGGUGGACGAGGCAGAGAAGGCUUUGCUGGAGGUUGAUGAUGAUCAUUGCAAGGUCCAGGAUCAUAGCGAGGAUCCCAAGCCCCGCGAGCUUCCCGCUGCGCCGGAGGUUCCUGAACCUAACCGUGUCGCGAAGGCUCAUCGUGACUCUGCCUCGACCUCGCAUGCACCAGCACAGUCGGAGCCGGAAGAUUGGGAUGAAGAGGACGAGCAUGAGGAGGAAGAUGGGUAUAUCACUGCUCGCUCCUACCGCUCUCGCGGCGAAAAUACCACCGGGGGUGCCACCACAGUGCUUUUCCCCAAAUUCACCCAGCAAGUCCGACGCGAACUAGCUCUCGCGGAGCAGGUCGUGGAGGCCACACGGACUGAGGAAGACAUUGAAGAUGAAUGGUACGAUACAAGCAUGGUUGCUGAGUACAGCGAGGAGAUUUUCGAAUACAUGAGAGAACAAGAGAUCAAGAUGCUACCCAAUGCUCACUAUAUGGAUAACCAAGCCGAGAUCCAAUGGUCUAUGCGGUCUGUGCUUAUGGACUGGGUCGUGCAGGUCCACUAUCGGUUCUCUUUGCUUCCCGAGACCCUCUUUCUGUGUGUCAACUACAUCGACCGCUUUCUUUCUUGCAAGAUCGUGUCCCUGGGCAAACUUCAGCUUGUGGGUGCCACUGCCAUCUUCAUCGCCGCCAAGUAUGAGGAGAUCAACUGCCCGUCUGUGCAGGAAAUUGUCUACAUGGUAGAUGGAGGAUAUUCCAUGGACGAGAUUCUCAAAGCCGAGCGUUUCAUGUUGAGCAUGUUGCAGUUCGAGCUGGGAUGGCCUGGCCCGAUGAGUUUCCUGCGGAGGAUCAGCAAGGCCGACGACUACGACUUGGAGACGCGCACUCUUGCCAAGUACUUCUUGGAGAUCACCGUCAUGGAUGAGCGUUUUGUCGGAAGCCCCGCGAGCUUCGUUGCCGCUGGCGCUCACUGCCUGGCUAGGCUCAUGCUGCGGAAGGGAACCUGGACUCCCGCCCACGCCCACUAUGCCGGAUACACUUACACGCAGCUACUCCCACUCAUUUCUCUCAUGGUGGAGUGCUGCGAGAACCCUCGCAAGCACCACGGCUCUAUCUACGAGAAAUUUUCUGACAAACGCUACAAGCGCGCUUCUCUGUUCGUUGAGAACGAAAUGAGAAAGGGAUUCAUUGUCCCAGAGCAGGCCAGAGAUAGCUCUUAUUCCGAUCGCAACGCAUCAACCGAACCAGCGCCCUACUGGAAGCGCGCAUAG